AGAGGAUGUGUCUGGCAGAGAGAGAGUGUGUGUGUGUGUUUGGGUGAAAGAGGAAAGCCGUCAGUAGAAUGGAUAUGUGCCCUCUCUCCUCCAGCCUCUCUUCUUCACUGUCUCAUCCCUUUAUUUCUUCACCUCCUCUGAGUUGCUCCCUGGGAACCCUGGCUGCCGGUCCUCGGGGACAAGGUGACUCUGCGGCUGAAAACUGACCUUCAAUGUCAGCAGGGGAUCAGAAGAGUGUUGGUGACAAACCAGAAGACAGGGUGUCAGUGGCUGAGGUAUGGCCAGAGGUGGCGAGGGCCGAGUGUUUGGCGCGCGGUGCAGCCCUGAAGUGGGCUUCAGGUGUGUUCUGUCGACCUGAGCAUCUGGAGCGCCUGAGCCAGUACAAGAAGAGAGAGAGUCAGAGGACCACGUCCAUUCACACCAGACUAAAGUCCAUGGUCCAGUCCUACCUGGAGGGGGUCGGCUGGGGUCUGGAGCAGCUCAGGGAGGCCAGAACAGAGUUGAAGGAGGUGUCUCAUGCUCUGAAGAAAGCAGGACUGGAGUCUAAUGGAAACACAGACGGAGUGAAGUCCCUGGAGAGGCUGAGAGAAGUGUCCAUCAAUCACAGUCAGCUGCUCUCUGCCGUCAGCAACCUGCCACGACUUUACUCCGUGCGCAGCAUGGUGCUGGAGACAGAGCGUCUGGUGGAGUCCCGGCGGCUCCUGGAGGCCCACGCCCGGCUGAUGGAUCUGGAGCGCUGGCAGGACGACAUCCUCUGGCAGCUUCACGGAGCUGCUGGGGCAGCAGGAAGUGCCCUCAGCGCGGAGGACCAGGAGCUGGUUGAUACAUAUUUCUCCGGUGUUGGGCAGCUGGUGGAUGCUCUGGGUAAGGAGCUGUGGGCGGUGGUGAGUAGUGCUCUGGCCCUGGCCAGACAGAACCCCACACCCUUUGUAUCAGCUGUGAGGAUAGUGGAGAGGGAGGAGGUCCUGGACCAAGCUUUACUAGAGGAGCGAGGGGGGACCAGAGGCAACACAAGACCCCUGCCCCCAGGAAGACCUCGCUGCUGGAGAGCGAGCUUCUUCCAGGUACUAGAGGAGGCAGUUUCUGCACGCUUCCGUAGUGUCUCCUACCUGCACACACGGGGUCCAGGUCUGGCUGGUCACCUUUCUGCUCUUCAGCAUGGCAUCAUGGCCGACCUGGCCACAGUACGCCACCUACUGGAGCACUGUGUCCCGUCACACUACCGGCUGACAGGAGCCUACCUGAAGGCCAGCCACCGCUGUUUACAUGCUCACCUGGCACAGGUCAGCAGCUGGGACCUGGAGAGUGGAGAGAUCUUUGCUGUGCUGAACUGGGUGCUCCACAUCUACAACAGCCCAGACAUGAUGGGAGAUCCAGAGCUGGUGGCUGAGAUGGAGAGAGAAGAACUCAGCCCUCUUAUCUCCUCUGAGGGACUGGAGCAGCUGCAGAACAAAUAUGUGCAGAGCGUCAGGAAGAGUGUGUCAGAGUGGAUGCACAAAGCUCUGCAGGUGGAGCUACAGGACUGGCAGAGAGACCAGGAGCCCGAUACAGACCAUGAAGGGUUCUACCACACCAGCCUUCCCACCAUCAUCACACAGAUGCUGGAGGAGAACGCUCGGGUGGCUCUGAUGAUCGGAGACUCAUUACGAGAUCAGACCAUCCAGAUGGGAUUGUAUGAAAUGGAGAACCUCCUCAACAGGUUUCGGGAAGCUCUGGUACAAUUUGGGAAGGAUCAUCGCAGGGACCCGAGCAGCAACAAAAACAAGUUCUACCUCCACUACCUGCUGGCCUCCAUCAGCAACUGCAUCAUCCUCAAACAGUCCACAGAGAGCCUGAGGCAGCAGCAGUCGUCCCGCUCGGUGGGGCAGUUCUCUCGGACUCCUCCCAACCCUCUGGCGGCUCUCGAUCGAGCUGUGAGACGGGCGUGUCGUCUGGUGAUGGAUCAACUUCAGCUAGACCUUCAGCCUCUCCUCCCAGGCCUGCUGACCCGACCCUGGCUGGUCCAGGGGGACCCCGUACCAAAACUGUGUCAUAUCCUGGAGCAUCACCUAGAGCUCUACAACUGUGUUCGACCUCCCUGCAGACAGCGUCUGCAGGAGGAGGCCCAGUGGCUGAUGGUGGUGGAGUACGUCAGGGCUCUGAUGCAGAAGAGGCUGGUGUGUCGAAACACUGAGGAGAGGAAGCAGCUCGCCCAGCAGAUGGUUCAGGACGAGCAGCACUUCAGAGAGAUCUUCCAGGGUCUGGAUGGUGAAGGGUCAGAGCCUGAGGUGAAUCCUCUGGCCUUACUCCCCGUCCUGGCUGAUUUCAUCCGGCUGAAGGAUCCUGGCAUGCUCACUCUGGAGGUUUCUGGACUUGCAGCCAAGUACCCUGACAUCAGUGAAGAACACGUCUCUGUGCUGCUGGACAUUCGUGGGGAUGUCUCACGGGACAUUAGAGGAGCUGUACUGGACUUGUUGGAGCAGAGUGCCCCCCCUCUGCCUGUAGGGUACAGACCUAUCUUCACUGACAUCCUGGUUCGUCCCUCCACCCUGGCCUUCUGCCUGCCCACUGCUAAGUGUGCCUGAAAUGAUGGAGUGAACUCGACAGGAUGUGGUCUUUGGACAGAUCAUUGAGUGGGACACAGCAGGUCAUCACUCUACAAUAUGAUGGACCAAACAUGAAGGUGAAUUUGUUCCUGCUGAGUUUCAAGGUGUGUUCAUGGAACCUGUUGUCCGCUCAGAAACUCUUUCUGUAUCCAGAGAGCAUCAGUUGAGGUGCUUUUUUUCUGUAGCACCAUCCUGCUUUACACAGACUAUUAAACACACAUCAUUCAUACUGGGGGCUAACCAGUGCCACCAUCACUGUCUUCAUUGUUGCCCACUGAACUACGUUACAGAGCUCUGUAAAGAGAGGCCACUGUAUCACAUUCAUUCAUAAAUCCACCAGACAAAUGUGUUUCAACCUAAACAUGGACCUGCAAGUUCCCUGCUCGUUUCAGUUUAUUGUAGAAGAGAAAUAAUGCGACUAUCCUCUCUUUCAACCAGAGGCGGAGGCCAGCCAUGACUUCUGAUUGGCCGCCCUGAAAUCCUAAACAAUGAUUGGCUAUUUGCCUUGACAGAGCAGCAUUUAAAUAUAAAUGAACUCUUUGGUUUUGUUUCAACAGGCUGCGAGAAGCUUCUGUGCAUUUCAAUGUGGAACAUUUUCUUUAGUUGGUACUUUAAUGGUGACUCUGGACAAACAUCUUCUUUUUGUCUCCUUAAAGAAUCAGCAGAUGUUAAAGUCGCCAUUCUGAGUGACCUUUUAAAAUAAAUUAUAAACAACAAUACAUCAUUUUUCAGAUUAUUUUAUAUCAGAUGUGAUUGGUUAAGAUAACCCUUCUAGGUUUGGGAUCAGCCCCUAAUGUUCACCACACCUGGCCACCUCUUCAAAAGUCAGUGCCCUGGUUUGGCCAGCCCAGUAAAAAAGUCUGACUCCGCCCCUGCUCUCAACAGAUAUUCUUAAAGGGGAAUGCAGUAUCUUCAUACUUCUCAUCUUGCUUUGUUGUGGAUUUAAAACUGGACUUCUUAUAUAUUUAUUGUAUUUAAUUUUUUCAACUCUUUCCUUGUAUGUUUUGUUUCCUGUUCAAAGAGUCUUCCUCUUUCUGUCCAAGCCUCUAACUCACAUUGCUAACUGUAAGAAUAAAUGCUCAAUUAAAUGCC